AAAAUAUAAAAUCCUAUAAACCCUUACUACGCUUUUUCCCCCUUAUCUUCUUCCUAGAAGCCUAUCCCCCUUUGACCUUCCCUUUUAUUAGUUCACUCUCUCUUUUCCCUUUGGGGUUUUGGGUUUCUCUCAAUUUCUCAAUCCCAAUUGUUUUUAAAAUGGCUUCUUCCACUGCUCAAAUCCACGUACUCGGUGGCAUCGGUUUCGCUUCUUCUCGAAAACCCAACCACCAUUCACCCAGAACCGUUUUCUUCGGUCAACGACUUGGUAAACCGUCGCCGUUAAACGCAGCCUUCUUACGGUUAGCGAAAACCAAUGGAAAACGGUACAAUGUUGGGCCGGUUAGAGUUGUGAACGAGAAAGUGGUCGGAAUCGAUCUCGGGACUACUAACUCGGCGGUUGCGGCUAUGGAAGGAGGGAAACCCACGAUUGUUACGAACGCGGAAGGGCAAAGAACGACGCCGUCAGUGGUGGCGUAUACAAAGACUGGGGAUAGGUUGGUUGGGCAGAUUGCUAAACGACAAGCCGUCGUUAACCCUGAGAAUACGUUCUUCUCUGUUAAGAGGUUUAUUGGGAGGAAGAUGUCAGAAGUGGACGAGGAAUCUAAACAGGUUUCUUAUAAGGUUGUAAGGGAUGACAAUGGUAAUGUUAAGCUUGAGUGUCCUGCCAUUGGUAAACAAUUCGCCGCCGAGGAAAUUUCAGCUCAGGUUUUAAGAAAGCUUGUUGAUGAUGCUUCAAAGUUUUUAAACGAUAAAGUGACAAAAGCUGUUGUUACUGUCCCUGCUUACUUCAAUGAUUCCCAGCGGACAGCAACAAAGGAUGCCGGUCGAAUCGCUGGGUUAGAAGUUCUUCGGAUUAUCAAUGAACCUACGGCUGCCUCUUUGGCAUAUGGGUUUGAGAAGAAGAACAAUGAAACCAUCCUUGUGUUUGAUCUUGGAGGUGGUACUUUUGAUGUUUCAGUGCUUGAAGUUGGUGAUGGAGUGUUUGAGGUGCUUUCUACAUCUGGGGACACACAUUUGGGUGGUGAUGACUUUGAUAAGAGAAUUGUUGACUGGCUUGCUGACAGCUUCAAGAGAGAUGAAGGCAUUGAUCUUUUGAAAGACAAACAAGCUCUUCAGCGGUUAACCGAGACAGCUGAGAAAGCUAAAAUGGAGUUAUCAUCUUUGACUCAGGCAAAUAUAAGUUUACCUUUCAUUACUGCCACGGCAGAUGGGCCUAAACACAUUGAGACCACCAUUACCAGGGUUAAGUUUGAGGAAUUGUGCUCAGACCUUCUUGACAGGCUCAAGACACCAGUGGAGAAUUCCCUUAGGGAUGCAAAAUUGUCCUUUCAAGACAUAGAUGAGGUUAUUCUUGUUGGUGGAUCAACACGUAUCCCGGCUGUUCAGGAACUUGUGAGGAAGAUGACCGGCAAGGAACCUAAUGUGACUGUCAAUCCAGAUGAAGUUGUUGCCUUGGGUGCUGCAGUUCAGGCUGGUGUUUUAUCUGGAGAUGUCAGUGAUAUUGUGCUUUUGGAUGUGUCCCCGUUGUCACUUGGUCUCGAAACUCUUGGUGGUGUCAUGACCAAAAUCAUCCCAAGAAACACCACACUUCCCACCUCCAAAUCGGAGGUGUUUUCAACAGCUGCUGAUGGCCAGACAAGUGUUGAGAUCAAUGUUCUCCAAGGUGAAAGAGAAUUUGUUCGGGACAACAAAUCUCUUGGCAGCUUCCGACUCGAUGGUAUUCCACCAGCACCACGGGGUGUUCCCCAGAUUGAAGUUAAAUUUGACAUUGAUGCCAAUGGCAUCCUUUCUGUAACUGCUGUCGAUAAAGGAACCGGGAAGAAGCAGGACAUCACUAUUACUGGUGCCAGUACUUUGCCAAAUGACGAGGUUGAUAGAAUGGUAAAGGAAGCUGAGAAGUUUUCAAAGGAGGAUAAGGAGAGAAGGGAUGCCAUUGACACAAAGAACCAAGCUGAUUCCGUUGUCUACCAGACUGAGAAGCAGCUGAAAGAGCUUGGAGACAAGGUUCCUGGUCCAGUCAAAGAGAAAGUUGAGGCAAAGUUACAAGAACUCAAGGAUGCAAUUGCAGGGGACUCAACACAAGGGAUGAAGGAUGCCAUGGCUGCACUCAACCAAGAAGUUAUGCAACUAGGCCAGUCACUUUACAACCAACCUGGUGCCGGAGGCAGCAGUGCAGGACCUGCAGCUGGUGGUGAAACCGGGCCUUCAGAUUCAUCAAACAAGGGUCCUGAAGGGGAUGUAAUUGAUGCAGAUUUCACUGACAGCAAGUGAAAAAGCUCGGUUUUGAAUCAUUCUGGGUAUUGGUGUGAAAGGUGGGGGAUUGCAUUACCUGUCAUUUUUGAUCCAUGGUGGUGAAAGAAAACAAAUGGAUUUAGGAUUUAAUAGAGUAUGAAGCAGCAUAUAUAUAUAUAUAUAGAAUGUCCAAAUAGUAAUUAAUAUAGGGUGUUAGCCCUUCACUUGAACAUUGUUUUGAAUUGUUCAAUAUGCAUGCCAUUUCUUGAGUUUGACUCCUGGAUUUAACCAAUGUAUGUUAAAAUCUUUGGUGAAGAA